GUCCUGGGCCCUUUCGAUUCCCGCGCGCACACACACUCGAGAAAUCCUGGAGAAAGCAUCCAUCGAGUAGGGCCGUCGUCGCAAGAGGAGAGUAGGAGAGUAUAUCGUCGCCGCUAUUGGAGUGGAAAAGAAAAGGGGAGGACCGAUGAGAUGAGCACUCGGGGUCCUCUUACCUCUCCAGCCAGUACCUCGCCGAGUCCGGCCCCAGCUCCGAGCGAAGAAAGCACAAAGCCAACCUUUCGACUCGACAGCUUUGCUCCCGUCUCUGCUGCUGCUCGCACCCUCGAGAUGAGGCAGGCCCUCGAUGGCGCCUCGUCUUCGGCAGCGGCGGCAGGACCAGUGGCCAAGCAACAGCAGCAGCAGCAGCAGCAGCAGCAGCAGCAAUCACAGCAGCAACUGCAGCAACAGCAACAGCAACAAGCCGACGGCCUGAAUGCAUCGUCCUCUUACCUCCGCCGACGUUCCGCCCAGAGCGACCAGCCCACUUACUCGCCUCCCAUUUCCAGACGGCCCAGUGCAGGCGUCGGCGUGCUGGGCAACAGCAACACCAUGGCUCUCGCCUCACUUCCCGAGUCGCCUUCGUCUUCGGCCGGCUCAUCACCCACAAAUACAAUACGAGCAGCUGUCUCGCGAAAGGCCUCGGCGGUGGCUGCCUCGCCUGUCCUGAGCUCGUUUGCAAAGCAGCGCGCCGCAGACGAGGUGCAGGCCGUCGCCUCCUUUCUCGCUUCCAGGGACAAGAUCCAGAGGCCGGCGUCGGCACCGCCACGGGGUGCCAAUCUUGCACUGGGUAUGCAGGCGAGCACGAGUCUCGACGACAUUGGCUACGGCACGGCGCUCGAGGGAGGCAUCAGUCCCCUCGUCAUACACCAGGCGGGGCAGGCGGAAGCUGCGAGCUACUUUGGACACAUACUCGAGCAGAGAGAGCCGCCGCAACAAUCACAGCAGCAGCAGCAGCAGCAGGAACAGGAGCCAAGCAAGAUGCCGCAAGGGAACGAGUCGAGGACGGAGAAGUCAGCGGAGACCGGCAUUCUCUCCCUCCCGUCCAGAUCACUCGGUGUCCUUUUUGCCUUUCUUGUCAUGUGGGGCGCCGUGCUGAGCCUGGACAGGCUCACGACUUACUCGUACCAGACCAUCGCCCUCAACUCUUUUUCUUCGCACUCCGAAUUGGCCCUCAUCAAUGUCGUGCGCGCCGUCGUGGCUGCCGUCAGCGCGGUGCCGUUUGCCUCGAUGGCAGACUGUCUCGGCCGCCAUCGCGCCUUUGAUGUCGGCCUCGUCCUGUACACGGCUGGCCACGUCACCCUGGCGUCGAGCCGAUCGACGGCGUCCUACGUCGGAGGGGUCAUUCUCUUUGAGACGGGCGCCAACGGUCUCUACUGUCUCCAGAACAUCAUCCUGGCCGACAUGACGAGCUCGAGAAACCGGCUGCUGUUUCAGGUCAUCCCUCAGAUGCCCUUUCUCGUCUUCAGCUUCAUCAGCUCCGACAUCUACCAGGCCGUGCUACCCCAGUGGCGGUGGGGUGUGGGCAUGUUUGCCAUCCUCGGUCCGGCUGCGCUGCUGCCCAUCGCCUACUUCUUGCGCCGCGCGAAUCCGCCUGCGGCGAAGAUGGCAUCCCCGAGAAAGCUGCGCAGGGCCCGGACGGAUGCCGUUGCUCUUUUCAAGAGUUUCUACGACAACUCGGACCUCAUCGGCCUCUUUCUGCUGUCUGCCUCGCUCACACUGCUUCUGGUGCCCUUGACGCUGGCUACCGCAUCGCCAAGUUCGUGGGAAUCGCCGAGGAUCAUUGCCAUGCUGUCCGUCGGUGCUGCUCUCCUGGUCCUUUUCGCAGUCUGGGAGACGCGCUACGCCAAGCGACCCAUCCUUGCACCCUGCUUCCGAGUCAGCCAUACCUUCUGGGGCGGCGUCGCCACACUGACGCUGCUCUGGACCGCAAACUCGCUCGUCGGUGCUUACCUCCCCACCUAUCUCUAUGUCGUCCAUGGUGUCUCCAGUCGGGCCCAGCAGAACAUCGGCGUCCUCUACAGCUUCACCACCGCCGCCGCUUCCUUGCCCGUUGGGCUGACGGUGCGGUACACGCGCCGGUACAAGAUGUUCACCCUCGUCGGCGUCCUCAUCUACACGGGCGGACUGGGCCUCAUGAUCGCAUACAAGGGCACCCAGGACUCGAUGUUCCACAUUGCCGCGUCUCAGAUUGUCAUUGGCCUCGGUGGCGCCUUGACUGUCGCCCUCAUCCAGGCCGCCGUCCAGGUCUCGGUGCCCCACGCAUUCGUGGCGCAGUCGAUUGCGACGCUCAACAUCUUUUCGUGCAUGGGAAACGCAAUCGGGUCCGCCGUGGCCGGAGCGAUGUGGAGCAACCUGCUGCCUGGCCUGCUGGUCAAGAAGCUGGCGCCUCUCGGAGCGCAGAACCAACUCUCAAGCAUCUACACUGAGCCGCUGACUUGGAUCGAGGACCACCCGCUGGGCACCAGCUCGGAUCGGACGGCCGUCGUCGACGCCUACGGAGUCUGCUGGCGGACAAUGAUGGUGACGGCGACGGCCAUUUGCGCCGCAUCGCUCGUGACGACGUUUGUCAUGCCGAACCACAAGCUCAACGACACGCGGAGCGUCUACGUGGACGGACAGCUAGCGAGAGGCUCCGAGGAGGAAGAGGACAAGAUGGGCAGGCUCUUUGGCGACGAGUGGCUGGACCGGCUCGAGCAUGCGCUGGGCAAGAAGUGCGGCCGAUGUGCUGACGAAAACAGACCCUCCAAGGGCAAGCAGAUCUGGAGAAAAAGACGACGCACCGUCGGUGGGAGUAGCCAGCCGGUCCCAGAGGAUCGGGAGCUGGACGAGAAAGGGAGCUCGGGUGCGAGGCGAAAAAAGUCGACGCAGCUGCCGAGUCACCAUCAGGGCACCGCGGCCGCCAAGACACCAUCGUUUAUUCUGCCGUCGCCUCUGUCUCCUCUCUACCCUUCUCCUUCUCUGGCUUCUACCUCCACUGCUGCCGAGGGAGACCCGACGUCGAUUCUCCUUGCUUCGCCCCCCUUGACUUCAAAGGUACCCCGGCCAAGUCCGCUGGGCAGAAACGUAGAAAGCAGCUCGUAUAUGUAACUCUAAUAAUUCGCUCUCUCUACGACGAAAGCAGCUCAUUCUAAUUACAUCUUCAUCAGUUUG